GGUUCUGUUCACGACGAAGCUCUUCGGCAAACAAAUCAUCAACAGGUUCGCACACACGAAACGAGCGAAACUUACUGCAUACAACGCAACCAAAACGACACUGUUUCAUCUAGCCUCUUUUCUUUUCCCUUUUUCCUCCUAGGCACAGCCACAUCACAUCAACAUAUCCUUAGCGCACAUUCCCGUACACACACAGACACACCCACACGUUUCGUAGUACCCAAUACAUCUUAUCCCUUUUCUCACUCCCCUGUAUUGUUUUGUUUUAAGACGAAACCACGCUUACCCGCCACGAACAAUGAACAGCGAGUUUUGCGAGUUGAACGAAGCGAAUCGCAAGGUGCAGGAGUGGAAGCGGGAGGCGAAGCAGUCUGCUCCCGUGCACCUGUCCAAUGGCGUGGACAUCUCUCUCUCUCCUGCGGAUCCACAACACGUGCUACCUCACCUGACUCCUUUCCAGGUACUUCGGACGAGCGACAUUCUCACAAAACUCGUGCAGCUGCCCUCCAUCACAACCACGGCCACCGUCAGUGCGGGCUUCGGCGCCCUCAUCGCGCUGCUGCUCACCUUUAAUCGUCACCGUUACCUCAAAUUCUCUCGACGGCGGCUGGCGCGCCACAGUAUCAGCACGGCGACACGCCUGGUGCUGUGUUUUUUCGCUUUCGUUGCCUUCAUCCGCUACCUCCGUCGACGGUACCCGUCGGUGCUGCCGGUUUCGCAGUACCAAAACUUAUCGAGCAAGCCCGAGGGCCCAUGUUUUGUUGCGAAUCGCGUGCUGACCAUCACAAACUCGCAGGUGGGCACCCACGCCGACGGACCUCACCAUUUCUGUCGCAGUCUGUCGCACCGCAACUUCGACGACGCGCACUAUAGCGGCGAUGCCGUGGUGCUGGACGUCUCCACCGACUUGCUCUACCCGUUGCCCGACGCCGAGCCGCUCGCGAUCACAGUAGAGAUGAUAGAGCAGGCCUGUGCGAGGCUGCCCGUCGCCUUCCGAGAUAAAUCGAAGCCACUGUGGCGUCUGCUGCUCGUGACACAGCGUGGACCCGACAGCCGCAUCGCCGAGUCCUCUUUCUUGGCUCAGUCGCUCAACGUACUGUUGGAGAAGGAUGCGACACAGCAGCUGCAGGGCUCUUUCCUCUCGAGCACGCCGCUGCCGCCGCGCAAAACCAACAACCGCAACCCUUACGCGUUUCUGUACCCCGAGACGAUUGAGUUCCUGCACCGCGUCUUCCCCCACCUCUUGCUGAUCGGCAUCGACACGCCGUCUGUGGACCCGACGGAUGUGAUGCCGCUGGUGAACCACUGCCACGGUGCGAUGCUGCGACACGGCAUGGCCAUCUUGGAGAAUCUGCGCUUCAACCGGCUGCGACCGCUGCUCGAAGCAGGCGUGAAAGGGCAGAAGGGCGUGCUGGUGGGAUCGAUGCUGACAGUGUUCUCCUCCACGCAGAACUACGACGACGCCCGUGGAUGCUCCGUCGUGUUCUUCCCUGAUGAGGAGAUGCGGUGA